CCAUUGCAUCUUAAUUUUAGGAUUUUUUCUAUUCUGUAGGCUCAUUAUGAGCCUAGCUUCUCUGCUAUGCGGCCGGGUGAUACGUUUGUUUCAUUCAAUACUCGGUUUGUUCAAGAGGGCUAUGUGUUUUAUGCGAAAACGUGAAAAUAUUGGCGAAUUACCGUUUACUGUUGUUGUACGCCAUUCCGCUCCUGAGGAUCCAUAUCCCAGCGCAGUAUCGUCGACAGGAUGGGAUGAACAUUGGGACGAAAAGCAAGCUGUUGAAGACAAAAUAGAGGAGUGGAGGCGAAAAAAGACCGAAACGAAUCAGUCGCCGACCGGCGAAGAUAUUGAUUUCUUCAAUGAUAUGCAGCCUGAUAUAAAGAAACCGAAGAAGGUGGUCUUGAGACCAAAAAUGCCCUGCCGCAAUUCUCAAGAAAAUAGGAAUCUUUUUGGAUACACGGACGAUACACAUGUAGAUAUGCCUCUGACCGCACAACUGGGCGACUUGGAUGAUACGGAAACGCCGGCUUGGGACGACGACAUUGACUCAACUCUUCAUGAGCAUCGCGUUGAGAAGCACCGCUCUCGCCAAGAAGAGCACGAUCGUCGUAUGAGGGAGAAGCGCACUCAGCGAGCCACUACUGGUUACUUUUCUUCGAACAAACUUCAUGAGGGCUACUUGAAGGCGUCGAUUUCACCUUUCUAACUCAUUGAAUCAAAGGAUUUAUUCAAUAUGGAAAAAUUUACGAAUUUUCAAAGCUUGUGAUGUAAGACAUAUGUUCCAACCUGUUAGUUACAAAUCGAAACAAAAGACCAAAAUGUUAUUAGAAUAUAUCUUCUACUGUCUUGAUCUCUUCAUAUCUCUUCUACUUCCUAUAAUUUCAUGCCUUAUUGCUGGUUGCCGCGUAAAAACGAUGAUUCGUAUUUUUUGUAUGAUUAGUAUUAUCCAGGAAUGCUGACUAUUCAGAUUAGGCUUUUUAUUGGGGAUCAAGGUGCGAUGUUUUAUUCGUUGAUAUAAAGUUGUAUGCCUUUUGUUGGAAUAC